AUGCCGAAAACGGCCCCCGGUAGGGGGGGCUCCGCGCGUCCGUGGGGUUCUCACUGCGAGUCUCAGUGCGCCCCGCACCGCCUUGUCCGGGCCCUGGCCGAGCAUCCCCAGCGGACAUACGAGUCGGCGCUUGGGGUAUUGAAUUCCCUCCAGUCGAACUCGGGUGUCCUCGCGGCCGUGCAUCGCGCGUGCAUCGAAACCCCCGGCCCUCGGACUGACAAGUCUCCCCCCGAGGCUGCUGACGCCCCAAGCACCUGCCAUGCCUCGGUUCCCGUCUUCGGCAAGGGGAACCCCAUGAAUGAGCGCAAUUUGCCGGAGAUGCGCGCCUGCCUCGCACGCAUGGGCUACUCUGCUGGCGACUUUGACCAGCUCAAUAUCAUCCAUGUGACUGGCACCAAGGGCAAAGGCUCAGUCUGCGCCAUGACCGAGUCUGUUCUCCGCAGCGCCUUCGAGGCGGCGGCCCCCCUGUCGGUGGACACCCGGCAUCGGCCCCUCCGCACUGGGCUCUACACUUCGCCGCAUCUGAUCGAUGUCUGCGAACGUAUCCGCCUCAACGGCCAGCCCAUCAGCCAGGAUGCCUUUGCUCGAUACUUCUUCGAGACCGCCGAUGCCCUGGUGACCGGUCGGCCACCGGCCGACGCCUCGGGCUGGCCACCAUUCUCCGGGGGCACGGUUCCGCCGGUGGCCGAGCACGGCCCUGCGGAGGAAGCCGCGCCGGUUUCGAGCCCGGCCAACCCCCUGCCGGACUUGCCGCCGGUGUCCUACUUCCGCUUUCUGACCCUCAUGGCGCUGCAUGUGUUCAUGCGCGAAAAGGUCGAUGUGGCCAUCCUCGAGGUUGGAAUUGGCGGAGCCUAUGACAGCACCAAUGUAAUCAAACACCCGCUGGCGAUCGGCAUCACGCCGGUGGCCAACGACCAUGCGGCCACCCUCGGCACCACGCGCGAGUCUGUUGCCUGGCACAAAUCCGGCAUCAUCAAGCCCGGCUGCCUGGCCUUCGCCACACGGGAAGACCAAACCCCGGCGGUCCUGGCAAUGUUGGAUGCUCGCGCGCAGGAACUCCAGGCCCAUGGCAAUCGCAUUGAGUAUGUCACUCGAGGAGACUACCCGGCCGAUGUCCUGGAUGCGGUCAGCCUCUUUGGCGAUCACCAGCGUCAGAAUGCCGCUCUGGCUGGGGCUCUGGCGCGAUCGGCCCUCGGUGUCCUGGCACGCUCCCCGGACCCGGCCCUCGCGACCCUGGCCCCGGUUGCCGAGGGCGAUGCCUUCCUGGCAGCCAUGCGCGAGGGGCUCAGCCAGGUCCAGUGGCCGGCCCGGUGCCAGACCAUCGAGGGAGUUCCCGAUCGGCCGGGCGUUCGGGCCUCGGAGGCCGGGCCCCGGGUGCUAAACUACCAUGUGGACGGUGCACACACCCCGGAGAGCCUGGCCCUGUGCGGCCAGUGGGUUGGUGGGGACGUGGUCCGGCGAUCGCCCGGGCCCCUGGGGCUGCUGUUCACCUUCACCCACGGCCGAGAUCCCGAGCAGCUCCUGGCCGCUCUGCUGGCCAACCUCCCGUCCGGGGCCACUGCCACACACCCGGCCGGGCUCUUUUCCAUGGUGGCCUUCUGCCCGGCCCCGGUGGAGUUGAAGCCGGGCGCCGUGGCGGCCACCGUCUCCGAGCAGCCGGGGGCCGACCCGGCCGACUGGCCCGAAUCGGCCGAGUACCACGAACAGGCGGCCCUGGUGGAGGCCUUCCGCCGGCUGGCUCCGGCCGGGGCCCCGGAGCCGCGGAUCUUCCGCACCGUCGACCAGGCCAUGGCUCAUCUGCAUGCGAAGCUGCUCGAUGAACAGGCCGCCGGGGCUGGUGGUGGCGGGCCGACGGCGGGUGCUCGUCCUGGGGUCGUCGUCACGGGCAGCCUGUUGCUCUCGGGCGCGGUGCUCAGUCGGCUGCGCUUCGCGUAUGGCGUUGGCCUGGGCCGGGGCGUGUAAGUGACAUGGCUGCACGUACGGGCACGGUGCCUGCCGGGGCCACACACCCCUCCGGACGUGCGUGCUCCCUUGCCAUCCUGUAUUCCGGCAAAUAGAUGUGAGGAAAAGGGAAGAAGGCCGCACGGCUGUCUUUUGCCCCGGGGCUCAUGCCUGCGCUUGGCCGAAGAUCCGGACAUGCUGAAAUGACGGGGACACGCCGAUCGAUGGGCAGACAGACGAAUGUGCACACUUGGGGGUAUGUGUCCCCCCUCCCCCCCCCCGCUCAAACACCACACGCAUGCACAUUCGAUGGCAGAGGCGCCGCCUCCUCCUCGCGCCCUUGGCCGUAGACGCAUGGGCCAGGCGCGCGCCUG